CAGCGGGACAAGGGGAUCAGGUGACAGGCAGAGCUUCUAUGAUUAGGGCAGCGGCGGAGGGGAAGGAGGCUGCCACCGCGGAAGGUCAAGGGGCUUUUUUACGCGCAGUCAGUUGGCGCCUUCUCGUUGCCGGUCGCGCGCCGCCAGCCGAGGUUAAUUCGUUUGGAAGCUCGGGGUGUUUUUUUUUUUUGUUUUUUUUCUGAAUCCGUGACUUCGGCUCGAACACCGGGGGAGGAAUGGGAUACGCGCAGAGUGAGCAGCGCGCGUAAAGACGCCUUGGAGUUCGCCAUGGCUCCGGCGAGCGCCUCUUUCCUGAAAGCAGGGCUGGUGUUGUUGAUGGCAGCUCAAGUCCUUCCUUCAGUGUCUGGCUGCAACAGGGGUUUCUACGAGAGGUUGAUCAAUGAUCUCUGCUUAGCUAAGUUCAAACUGGACAUGGGAGGACUGGACCAAGGCCUGUGGUGCAGCUGGCCGGACGCGAUGGAGAUAUAUGGGGGGCUAACGAACUGCACCUACCAAGAGGCCAUGCGGAUGGACUGCUUCUGGCCCAAUCAGAUAGUCGACCGCUUCUUCAUGGACAUUCAUCGCACCUACUUCCACGACUGUGCCCUGGUCGGCCGGCUCCUCCACGACCCGCCGGUCAGCGUCCUCGCCCCGUUCAUCACAGUGCCAGUUCUGGUCACCCUGCUCAUGACCGCCCUCGUGGUGUGGAGGAGUAAACGCACAGAGGGGCUUUUAUAGGGAGCCUUGGGUGCUGGAUUU